GAUCUUCUUGGUCUUGAGACCUUAAUAACUCUUUGCCCUAAAAACAACCAAACAGGACUUCCUAACGAUUCCUGUGGGAUGAAGUCUGAUACAUUAUUGUCGCUAACCUCGUCGUCUAGAUCUUCUCUGGGUGAUUACAUUGGAAUGGAGAGUUGCUGUGAUCUCAAGGAGGUAGAGGAGUCCUUCCUCUCAUCUUGGGCUUGCAGCGAACGGCGUGGGGAGCCGGAUCAAUAUCAUCAACGGCGUAAGACGGUGAAGAGGGAAUUUCCACCGCCGAUUCCGUUGCUUUCUCGCACGGAGAAUCUUGCUUCUCAUAUGCCUUGGGUGUUGAAGAGGUAUUACACCAGCGACGGUCGCUUGAUCCUCAGGGAAGAGAAGGUGAGGCACCAUGAGUUCCUUCGGGCUCACAGAUCCAACGGCCGUUUGACCUUGCAGCUUGUUCCCCUUGACGAUGACGUUUUGCUCCCACCUUUUGCUCCUGAGAAAAUUGAGAAUGACGAUGAAGAAGUCCAUGCUGAGACCACUGAAUAUAUUGACGAGGUUGUCAAUGAGAAAAGCCGAAAUUGCACAUGAAGAGGAAGAAGAAGAACCUACUGAUGGAGACGAGAACUUGAACUGCGUUGUCGUAAAUACAGAGCAAGAAUCUUUCCAUGAAGAACCCAUGAUGAAGUUUGAGCAUUCAACGGUAGAGAACAGCAGCACUGGGUUGGGUACAAACGGGGGCAAAUGCUUCAAUUUUAGUAAACUUGUUGCAAAUUC